AUGAGCAAUCAAAAUCGAGUGCGCGAAAUUGAAAGCAGAUCGAAAAUUAGUGAGUUUUUGGGGGAGAAGUUGGAAUAUCAGCUGAUUCUGAAGUUUUUGGAUUUUCCUGAAAUUUCAGAUUUCACUGAAAAUGGAAUUUUCAAAUUUUUCAUUUGUGAUUUCUCUACAUUUGAAAAGAAAAUUAGAAAUUUCAAGUAUUUCUGAAUAAAUGAAAAUUUUGAAACAGUCAAAAAAUUUUACAAUAAGAUCCGAAAUUAACAAAUUUUAAAUUUUUGAGAAAUUAUAGAAAGAUAUUUUGAAACAGUGAAAUUUUGAGAACAAUAUUUUAUGUUUUUCUUUGUCACUAAAAAACAAUUUUUCUAAAAAAAAUUCCUUUUUUCCAGUCGCUGAUCGAAUAACUGAAAGCGUGAAACUUCUCGACAAUGAACCAUCUCUGGCACUUUAUAGAUUACAAGGUAAUUUUUUUGCUGGCUGAAAAUUUCAGCCAAAAAUCCACGAUUUCUUUCAGAACAUGUUGUUCGAAGUUUGCCUGGAUUAGUAAAUCGACGAAUUUUGUUGAAUCAACAAUCAGCAACUUUAUCCGGAGCACAAUUCGAUUUGGAAAAUGCACUUGGGUUGGUUUUUUUUUCACUGUUUCAAAGAUUUGAUUUUUCAUAAAAACUGUUUGAAUUUUAGUAAAUUAGUUUCAAAAUGUGCUAAAUUUUUCCGUUGUUUAUUACACGCUACGUUUGAUUUUCAGUGAUAUGAAAAUUCGGAAACAGCGAAAAAUUCUAGUCCCAAUUUUUCACUGUUUCAAAAAAUUACAUGUCUUCAGAUUUUAAAAUGCUUUUCUCGAUAGCUCUUCUAAUGCUGUUUCUGAAAUCAUUAAUAUUUAAUGCCCCGAAAUUAGGCUAAAUUAGUUUCAGAAACAAUCGGAAUAAAAAUUUUUCCACGUCAUAACUAGUUUCGGGUUAAUUGUGAACAUUCUUAUUACGAAAUUUGCAAAAAUCUCUGAAUCCCCAAGCUCAAAAAAUAUCCAAAUUCCUUGAAACAGUGAAGUUUUCCAGAACCAUUCAAAAUAUGCAAAAAGCCGAUUCAUCUUUCGAAAAUUCGAUUGAAAUGCUCAAAAAUUGCAUGUUUUUCAAACAACAAUUAGAUUUCGAUUCAACGAGAAGGGUAAUUUUGAAAAAUAUGAUGAAUUUUGUGAAUUUUUUGUGAAUUUCAGGUUCAAAAUAGUGAUAUGUCAGCAAAAGGAAGAAGUAAAUCAUUGCAUAAUGUGGCAACUCGAGCAAAUUCGGUUAAUGAUUGA